CAGACAACAACUCAUCAGACGAACAUUUUGGCCGACGGAAUCAAGAAGUAACAAAACUAUGUUGAAGUUUCUCGCUCUGGCGCUUGUAGUGCUUGGACCUGUUGCAGAGGGGUACGGCAACUUUGGCCCGCCACCGGAAGACCCCAGUAACACUUGCAAAGUUUCGAAAACAUGGAUGACGCAGAUUAAGGCCCUCAGGAAGCAUAAGGAAUUUAAGCUCGGGCACGGCUUUAACCUGUCCUCCAUCAAAUUACCUCAAACCUGGAAGCUAUCCCCUGAGGUUAUCAAAGCCAAUGGAAUAGUCAAGUGUACCGCGAAAGGCUGGAAUGUAGAUCCACAUCACGUGCUGGUCGUACCAGCACAUUCUCACGGUGUGUGGUGCAAGAUACCCAAGGUCUGGGGUAUGGGGAAAAGGACGAAGCUGCACGCUGGCUUGUCUUUGAGAAUCAAAUGUCCAACGGGCCUUGAGCACAACGCUGAUCUGAAAAAGGACAACGGCGCUCUCAAGUGCGACAAGGGAAACUGGAAUGUGCCAGACCACUCGGCUCUCUGCGUCAAGCCAUCCGCAAAUGCGAACCCCAUGAACUUCAACUUCUACUAGAUCAACAACCCAACCCGAUGGGAAAUCUUGGUCAACUAUCGCUCAACCUCUACAAGCUUAAAUAUAAGUUAUUAUUCAUUUCUGAAGGAACCGGAAACAUAACAAAUAGUCAAAAUUUCUAUCAUGGUAUUCACAUACAUGUACACAUGUACACAUGUACACAUGUACAUGUACAUGUACGUCAUUCUGUCUAACGCUUUAUUCAGUUUUUUCUAUUCCUGAAAUACCCAGUCAUUUUUAGUUUUUGUACGACAUUUUGUUUGCAAUCUGUUAAAUUCAAACGUCAACAAAUGUCGCAGAAGAACCAUGUCAAGAUUCUAUUCUCUGCACACUGAACAUGUACAUGCAGUAAAGUGAUUAUCCUUGUCAUAACGCACAUAAUUCUCUUCCAACGAAAUAAAAUCGAAAAUAUUUAGCCGCGAUGUUGAGGUUGAAAUAAAAACUCUUCUGAGUGUAUAUACUAUA